UUGUUUAGAUAGUAAUGACUGAAAAUAUACAAGAUUUACAUGAAAGACGUGAAAAUGAUGUUAACAGAAGGGCUGGCCGACCUAGGAAGAGAGUUAACAAAGAACAUUUGUUGAACUUUCUUCAACUGAAAGUUCCUAUAUGUGAUAUUGCCAAACAUCUUUCAGUGUCAAGAAUUACCAUUUAUAGAUAUAUGGAGGAAUAUGGAAUAAAUUAUAAGCGCUUUUCACAACUUUCAGAAGCUGAAAUUGAGAGAGAAGUACAAAUAAUUAAAAACAGCCAUCCAAAUGCUGGAGAAAUUAUGGUGCAAGGUCAUCUUGCAUCUAGGAGAUUGCAUGUACAGCGACAAAAAGUUAGGCAGGCAAUACAUGCUGUGGAUCCAGAAGGUGUGCAAAGUAGAAAGCGUAAACCAAUUAAGCGAAGAGUCUACACAAAUCCUUUCCCAAACUAUGUGUGGCACAUUGAUGGCAACCAUAAACUUGUAAGGUGGAGGAUGGUGAUUCAUCAUGCAAUAGAUGGGUUUAGCCGCAUGGUUAUUUUUGCAAAAUGUAGCUCAAACAAUCGGGCGGAAACUGCACAUAGCCAUUUUGUUCAGGCUAUAUCAAAAUAUGGACGUCAUGCCAAAGUCCGCACAGAUCUUGGUGGAGAGAACGUUGACAUUUGGCAUGAUAUGACAGCAUUUAGAGAGGAAGCCAGCAUGCCGGUGCUAGUGGGUAAGUCAGUCCACAAUCAACGCAUAGAACGACACAACCGUGCUCUCAAUGAGCAAGUGUUGUCUACAUUUCGACAACAGUUUUACGGUCUUGAAAGUGAAGGCGCUCUUGAUGUAAAUAAUGAUACUGACAUCUUUUGCCUUUAUUGUGUUUACAUUUCUCGCAUUAAUAAUGCCAUUGAAGAAUUCGUUGCAGCACACAACCGACAUAAAAUUUCCACUGAAAAUAACCGAACACCAGAGCAACUAUUCUGGUGCAAUAUAGGGCUUGCACAUACGUACGAAGGAGCCUUACCCCAGCAUUCAAACCAGCCAGGCAUUGAAGAGCUUUCAACAAGUGAUUUGCCACAUGUUUAG